AUGCAACUCCUCUACCCACUCCUCUCCUCCCUCCUCAUCCUGCCUACACUUGGUAACCCCAUCAACCCCCGCUCCACUCCCAACACUGCAUCCAAGUCCGAAAUCUGGCAUAUCUCAGCUUUCACGGCCCACUUCAUGGGCGACGACUCUGGCCUCCCCGGCGGCGAAUGGCCCCCGGGCGUCAACUUUAAUACAACCCUUUCCUUCACGCUCGCUUUCCCAGACAACACGACCUCUUCCUGCGCCGCGACGUUCCAGGAGCCCGGCACGCCGACGGCGUACACGGUGUGCGAGAGGCGAGUGGAUGGGAGUGUAGUUAAGUUCAAGGUCAAGAAAACGGAGGGGGCUGAGUCGAAGUGGGCGAUGUAUAACUUCAAUUUGAGCGUUGUGAGGGAGAGGGAAGUGAGGGCAACGAUGAAGGGGAGUAGGCAUAUCUCCUCGAAUACGUAUGCGCCGGAGACGGGGGUGUGGUGUCAGCAGGGGGGUGAGAUGGGGAUAUCGGGGCCUAUUCCGAUUACUGCGGGUUGA